GUAGAUGUUGAUCUCUAUGGGGACCGUCGCACUAGAUUUUUCAUUUUUUGGACGGCUGAUGCAUAUUACCAAACUGGUUGCUUCAACUUAAAAUGCCCUGGCUUUGUUCAAACCAACAAAGAUAUUGCAUUAGGAGCUACAAUUGCUCACAUGUCUACAUAUAAUGGAAACCAAUAUAAAAUUUCCUUAUCCGUAUGGAAGGAUGUAAAGACAGGAAAUUGGUGGCUUAGUUAUGAAAAUAGAACCGUUGGAUAUUGGCCAUCCUCCAUAUUCACAAACCUAAAAGAUGUUGCAACUAUGGUUCAUUGGGGUGGAGAAAUAUUUAAUCAAAAUUAUCCACAAGCUUCUUCUGUCCAAAUGGGUAGUGGACACUUUCCUGAAGAGGGUUAUAAAAGAGCUGCACAUAUUAGCCAUAUUAAUGUUUUAAAUUCAAAUAGAGUUUGGGUUAAGCCAACAAAUCCACAGAAUUAUGCAGAUCACCCAAAUUGUUAUAAUGUAAAAGGAGGAAUUGACCGUAAUUGGGGGACUUACUUUUUUUAUGGUGGACCGGGUAGGAAUAAGAAUUGUCUCUAAAAAAAUAUUAUUACAUAUUAUAUCAUAAGAAUU